UAAAACUCCCCCCACUUUUCAAAUUAUGCCAAAGAAGAACGCCUUUUUCUUUUUUAUGCUGCACCGAAAAGAGGAAAUAAUUCGGAGUGGGAUAAAACUUACCCGAGGUUUGGCAGAAGUUGCUACACUGAUUGAUUCCGAGUGGAAGGAAAUGCCCACUGAUCAAAAAGAGAUCUACAAACAGAUGGCGGACGACAACAACUCGACAGAAAAAAUGGGCAAAACUCAAGGUCAACAACCGGAAACGAUCGAGGGGGCGGUCGGCUUAUCGUCGCGACACGGAUAUUCAUCUUUAUCACCAACCAGCUUUGCACAAGUGGCUGAGCAAGUCAUGGUCAAAUAUUGCUAUGGACCUGAAUCCUUCUCAAAUAUGAGGACCCUUCUCGCCACGCUGCUCAACGGCGUAAAUCCGGAAAUGAUUCCGAUUUCAAUCCUACAAUUCAGCACGUACAGCGAGAAACCGCCUGGCGACGCGGACGACUUCAUGGUCGCAGAAGUCGGUCUCACCAUUUUCAGCGUGAAGAAAGGAAUCUUGAAGAAUUUUUCGGCUUUGAUCGACCCAGGUGAGGAUUAUCCCAAACAUCGGAAAAAUGAAGUCGCCAAGUGCGCUAAAAAGUUGGCCCUGCCGAUGCCCGGGUAUGAUAAGCGAGCCCAGGAUUAUCGGGCAAUUCUGGAUGCACUUUUCCAGAUUGGAAACAAGGUGGGGAAGGACGGCCGUGUCGUGUUUUACUGCCUCACCGAACAACUCCCAACGACUGAAUUGUGUUUGAAAUGGUUGAUGUUCCAAGCAGGAAUCUACGCCCAAAAUCUCCAAACUCGUUACGAAUUCUAUCUCCUCUCGCUCGACGACAUGAUCGCCAUGAUGACCAGCAGACUGGACCUCAGCCGAGUUCCGGAUCGUCCUAAGCCAAGCUCACCGUGGUCCCCGGGCGCCGCGGCCGCUGGGGCAUGUGCUUCGUCUUCUUCUUUCCCUCGGCGAAUUCCGAACCAACUGGAACUCUCACUGUCCAUCAUGCAAGAAGAGACGGAACGCUACGUGGCCUUCCCUCCCAAACUGCCCUUCGUCUCGAGAGGAAUUUUCGCCCAUGCCGGCGAAGUCAUCGACUUUCUCAAGGUGGACAACUACGCACAUCGGGAAGAAUUGGCGUGCAGAUAUCAUUCAGUUCGCCGCGACGGUGUCUACUUCUGUCCCAUCAACGUCGCGAACCGCUAUGCCUUCAACUUGCUCCACGUUUUGACCGUGGCCUACCAAACCUGCCCAAUUCCGGGCCGUCACUACCCCACAAUCCUGCACGACGAGGGUGAAGAGCGACGCCGACGACGCGACAUGCUCAAAGAGUACGAAAUCUGGGACCCCACCGCGCUUGGGCUGCAGGAAGCGGCGAACGAUCAAGAAUUGCAGGAGGCAGAAGCAGCAGCAGGUGAUCGAUACCGACAUCGACCACGUGGCCAAAAUCCAGAUCGUGCAGAGUACGAAAAACUUUCGGAUGCGUUUAAAGAUUUAAAGACGACAAAUUCACCAUAAUUCGGAAUCACAUUUUUUCACUUAUUUCUCCCUCUUUCGAAUUUUGUAUUUUGUUAGAUAAUGAACUUUACAAAAAUGUAUGUACGAUAAUUUGUUAGUAGUAUUUCACAAAAUUCCCUGUAUUUUACUAAUAAGUUUCCGUCCGAAUUUUUGGAUUAUGCUGGA